UCUCCCCCCUUUUUCUCGGUCGAGCCGGCGGUGGCGGCUCUGGCGGCUGUCGCCGGCGCGCGUGCGGUCGCGCCGCCGUCGGGCCGGUGACCCGGCAUCGCUUGGCCGCGGGCAUGACCCGAUGCGCUUCUUCUUUCUUCUUCUAUUUCUUGACCGACGGCGGUCUGAUUGGCUCGCCGGAGUUGGCUCCGCGCCGCCACAGGCCCCCUCGCCGGCUGCGCGCACACCUGUGGGGCGCGCUGCUGUUGAGUGGCCCUUGUGGCGGUGCACCGUGCGCGCGCACAGGGGUCGAGGAGCUGCGGCUCGCGACGUCGAGGGGCGGCUCAGACUUCUUCGCCCGCACGCGCGCGUCGGCGUCCCGGCGGCGCGGCAGUUUGGCUUCUUCACGCGCGUGCGCGGCGGCGCCCCGUCGGCACGGCGAGCUACCCGCGCGGCGUCGAGCGACGGCCGGCGGUGGACAAGGCAAUUCCAAUCCUGUUGCACCAACUGGAAGACGCAUAAAACUCUGUUGGACUGAAGAAGCAGCAGCUUUUUUGAGGGAAGCGAUGGCAAAAUUCACUCCACAGAAUGAUCGCAAAUUCUGUGGAUUCAGAUACUAGAAUAUGGCAGUGAUGUGUUUCACAGGACGCGCCUGCCAUCUGAUUUGAGGGUUAAGUGGAGGAACAUGAAGAAGUGGGCAGGCUACUGAUGCUGACAAUCUUCCAUAUAUGCAGCCGUUGUGUCAUACUAAAUUACUAACCAUACCUUCAUCUCUUUGAGUCUUCAAAUCUGAUGUUGUCCACAUGGAACACUGAUGAGGUACUAGAACAUAGCAACAUAGCGGAACACUGAUGUGGUAGAAGUACAUAGUGAAUGUGCUGACUCCUCACUGCAAGUAGGAAUGCAGGGGUUCUUCUAACUAGGAUGUUGAUGCUUGCAAGGCGUCGUAAGCCUUUACUGCAUAAUGCCAUUAUUAGUGAAUGAUCCAAGACUGGCAGGUAAGUAAUUAUUCCUGUAUC